AAAAAUCUCAUCGUGGUCGUUCGUUCCGUUACGGCUCUUCUCGCGCCGCAGCGUGGGCGAGAGAAGAGGGGAAGGCGUCUCCGUCUCUCCAAUCCAAUCCACCACCCUCCUCCCACCGCCGCCGCCCGCCAGAGAAGGCAGUGACUAGCCGGAGAGGCGAAGCGGAGCCGGCGCGAAGCCAAGGGAAGAGGGAGGUAGCAGCAUAUACACCCAUCACCCUCUCGGCCCCUUCCCCAGCAACCGACCUGCUAUAAACUUGGCGAAAUUUCCGCUUCCUCUUCUCGGUUUCUCAGCUCUCUCUCUCUCUCUCUCUCUCUCUCUCUCUCUCUCUCUCGCGGGCGCGCGCGCGCGCGUGGGCUGGGUUCCUCGCCGUCGGCAGCGAGGCAUCUCCGUCUCUGACCUCGUCAUGGAGUCGUCGAGCGAGGCUGCUAGUACUAGUGCCCGGGAGCACGGCAACCAGGGCCUCGGACCUCGAGAUGUCUGCGUCGUCGGCGUCGCCCGCACGCCCAUCGGCGCCCUGCUCGGGUCGCUCUCGUCCCUCCCCGCCACCAAACUCGGCUCCGUCGCCAUCCAGGGUGCUCUUAGGAGGGCAAACGUCGACCCGGCGCUCGUGCAGGAGGUGUUCAUGGGUAACGUGCUGAGCGCCAACCUGGGCCAGGCCCCGGCCAGGCAGGCGGCCCUCGGCGCCGGCUUGCCCAACACUGUCCCCUGCACCACCAUCAACAAAGUUUGCUCCUCUGGGAUGAAGGCUGUCAUGCUUGCGGCACAAACUAUUCAGCUGGGGUUCAAUGAUGUUGUGGUUGCUGGUGGCAUGGAAAGCAUGUCGAAUGCCCCCAAAUACGUGGCUGAAGCAAGACGAGGAUCGCGGUUUGGACAUGAUGUCCUGAUCGACGGGAUGCUCAAGGAUGGCCUGUGGGAUGUCUAUAAUGAUUUCGCGAUGGGGAUGUGUGCUGAGUUGUGUGCGGAACAGCACUCGAUUACAAGGGAGGAGCAGGAUUCUUAUGCUAUCCUCAGCAAUGAACGUGGAAUAGCAGCUCAGGACAGUGGUGCAUUUGCUUGGGAGAUCACUCCUGUUGAAAUUUCUUCUGGUAGAGGGAAACCACCGGUAGUUGUUGACAAGGAUGAGAGCCUUGCGAAGUUUGAUCCAGUAAAGCUGAAGAAACUUCGGCCAACUUUUAAGACAAAUGGUUCUGUAACUGCUGGUAACUCUUCUAGUAUAAGUGAUGGUGCUACUGCAAUUGUCCUUGUCAGUGGGGAGAAAGCUAAGAAUCUUGGCCUUCAAGUUAUUGCAAAGAUCAGAGGGUAUGCUGAUGCUGCUCAGGCACCUGAGCUGUUUACGACAACUCCGGCUCUUGCUAUCCCAAAGGCUAUAUCAAAUGCGGGUCUUCAAACAUCACAGAUAGACUAUUAUGAAAUAAAUGAGGCUUUCUCUGUUGUUGCAUUAGCUAAUCAGAGGCUUCUUGGUAUCCCUUCUGGAAAGCUAAACUUAAGUGGUGGCGCUGUUUCUCUGGGCCAUCCUCUUGGUUGCAGUGGUGCACGGAUUAUAGUCACUUUGCUUGGGAUUCUUAGGCAGAAAAAUGGAAAAUUUGGUGUUGCCGGAGUUUGCAAUGGUGGCGGUGGUGCUUCAGCCCUCGUUUUAGAGCUCAUGCAACCUUCUUCACAUAUUCAUUCUUCAUUGUGAAGUUGUUGUGGGCAAAUUAAGAAAAGAUGAGAUGUAAAAUAUGUUGCUUUCGCUAUAUCUUUUGUGAAUUGUAAGGGGAAUUAAUUCAUGGUGUAUAUGUCACUGUCGCAUAUGAUAGAAGAAACAAUAUAAAAUAAGAUGACCGUGCGCUACUCAGCACAAGGCUCAUCUUGUACCAUGUAUGUCAAGUAUAGCAAUAAAAAGUAACAGACGGGCAAAAGAAUAAUUUACAUA